AAAUUGCACAGAGAGCUGUAAUUGUUGGCUUUUUUUUUUAAAUCCGUUUUGUAGAAAACGAAACCCAGAAUUGCUCUCUCCCAUUUUGUGCUACCUUUGAACAUUUUAGUCUUUUCCUGUCUGCUCUGCAGUACACACACACAUCCGCGAAGAGAGCCAUGGCCGUCUACCAGCAGCCCCAAGUGAUGUCUGUGACCACGACUAACGUCCAGGGCCCGGGAACAUGGAGUACUGGCCUCUGUGACUGCUGUGCUGACGUGGGCACCUGCUGCUGUGCUUUGUGGUGUUUCCCAUGCAUGCAGUGUCAGACAGCCAACCUACACGGCUGGUGCUGCUGCAUGCCCAUACUGGACUUCUGCUGUGUGGUGUCCUGCCUUCUCCGCUCCUCUGUUAGAGACCGUCAUAACAUCCCUGGCUCAUGCUGUGACGACUGCUGUAAGCUGUUGUGGUGCUACCCAUGUGUCUGGUGCCAGAUGAAUCGAGAGGUGAAGAUAAGGGGCAGUGGUCCAGCAAGCCACACAGUGGUUACAACCCAAGUCCACAGUGGAUAAACUAAUGGAGCUGUUGGGUACAAAAGCAGUUUGACUGAAAAUGACCGCUGUUAUAAUCAUAUAAUACAUUAAGUGAAACAAGUUCAUUAUUUCACUAUUUUAUAAUCAUUUAUACAUUUUCAGCAUUGCUGCAUUUCAUUUUUUUUAUAAUAAUUGCUUUUAUAAUGAUGGCUAUAUCAGUAAUCCAGUAGUUCCAGUUUGCUCUUGUGUCCCAUUCUGUUUUUGUAAUUCAUUUAAAGAUAAUAAAAAAAAUCUUUUUGACAUG